AUGGAAUUAAAACCAUCAACGUUGGCAAUAAUUAUUCAUCGAAUUUUCGACAAAUUGGACACGAAAUAUUCGUUAGUGCAUCUAACCCACAUUGAUGACACCGAUCUCCUUGAAUUGAAAGGCAUUUUUGGCACACGACUCACCGAAGCACUGGAAAUAAUUGAUCGUGAACAAAUUACGAUUUACCGGAGUGCCAAAAGUCAUCGCGAGUACUUUGAAAUCUCCGAGGAUCAGAAUACCGUUUACAAAGUAUUGCCCAACAUCAACUAUUGUAUGUGCACGGGUUUUCAGGAGAAGGUCAUCCAUACGAACGAACAGUACACGUGCAAACACGUAUUAGCCGCUCGUAUAGCGGGUCUCAUUGGCAAAGUGAAAACAGAGACGGUAGCCAAUGAUGUGUUUACAUUUUCACUGCAGUUGAUUCAAGCAACGUCACUCGAACCGGCCGCCAACGAAUAG